UUUAUAGACUCAAGAGAUGUACUAACUCUUGGGACACCAAAAUGACACAAAGACCCUAAAUCUUACUGUGUCAUAGUACUUGCGGAAAAGUUAGGGAAGAUGGUUUUUGGGGUGUCUGGUUUCGGAAAUAAUUCAAUGGAAAUGCUUUAGAGGCACCUUAAAGUUUGAGAGAAGCAAGGAACACAAUCGCUAAGGAUGGUUGACGCUAUUGUCUCCUUCGUGGUGGGUAGACUUGGUGACCUCCUCGCCGAACAAGUUGUUUUUUUACGAGAAGUGGAAGAUGACGUUAAAUGGUUGAAAGACAAUUUGGAGCAUAUGUUGUGUUUUCUGAAAAAUGCAGAAGAAAAGCCAGAUGUUGACAAUCGGAUGCGCAAAUGGAUAUCUGAUAUCAGAGAUGUUGCUUAUGAGGCUGAGGAUAUUAUUGACAACUUCAUCCUCAAAGUAGAAGCAGAGACUCCUAAGAAGAUAGAGUUAGAAGAUUACUUUCAGAAAUAUUUUUGCAUUUAUAGCAAAAAUGCUAGCCUCAUCCAACAGGAAAAUCUCUAUGGUAUAGGACAUGAAAUAAACACCCUGAAGACCAAGCUCAAUCAGAUCAAACAAAGUCGAGUAACCUUCGACCGUAUAAGAAGUAUUGACGAUGCAAGAGAUCUAGGAUCAUGUAGCAUGAAUGCAAGAGAAGGAUUACCUCGCAUGAAUACGAUAGAUAAUUGGCUACGAAGAGAACGCUCAUAUAAAGAUGAUGAGAAUGUUGUAGGCUUCAAGGAGGAUGUUGACAAAUUGAUGUCUGAACUUGUCAAGGAAUUGAAAGAUCGGUAUGUGAUCUCAAUCGUGGGCACCGGAGGCUUGGGUAAGACCACUAUAGCUCAGAAGCUUUACAACACCCUUAGCUCUACAAAGAAAUUUGACUGCUACGGUUGGGUUUCUGUGUCCACUGAUUACAAUAUCCAAGAUCUUCUUCGAUCAGCAAUAAAAUCUUUCAAGAAGCCUGACACCAAAGAGGAAUUAGUUUUUCUAGAGAAAAUGAAAGAAGAAGAUUUGGAGCCUCAUUUACAUAAUUACUUGAAAGGAAGUCGAUAUUUGGUGGUGCUAGACGAUGUAUGGGAUGGAAAUGCUUGGCCAAGCUUGAUGAGAGCGUUUCCAAAUGAGAAUAAUGGAAGCAGAGUAAUCAUGACCACCCGAAACAAAGUAGUUGCCGAGCUUAGCUAUGAGAGGACAUAUGUCCAUGAGCUCACAUUUUUGAACGACGAAGAAAGUUGGGAGCUGUUUUGUUGCAAAGCAUUUCCUACCUACGACGUGGUUGGAAACCAAAAAAGUCAUUGCCCUCCACACUUGGAGAAUUUGGCGAGAGAGAUGGCUGGAAAAUGUCGUGGCUUACCGCUAGCCAUAGUCGUAUUGGGUGCGCUACUGCGAAGAAAAGAUCCUGACGAGUGGCCCAAGUUGAAAGAGCACAUGUGGCGCCAUAUAAGGGAUCAUGGCUCGGAUCGUGUUCAACAUAUAUUGGCUUUAAGUUUCAACAAUUUGCCUUAUCGCUUGAAGUCGUGCUUUCUUUACUUGGGUUUGUUUCCAGAAGACUUUGAAAUUGAUGUAAAGAAACUCUGUUGGUUGUGGGAGGCAGAGGGUUUCAUAAAACUAGACAAAGAAUCUGAUGAGGAGAAGGCGGAGGCGUAUUUGAGAGAGCUAAUUGACAGAAGUUUGAUACAAGUAGAAGAAAGAAAUUGGAGGAGAAUCAUAACAUGUCGAGUGCAUGAUCUGCUCCGUGAUUUUGCAAUCGAAAAGUCGAAGGAGCUAAAUUUUCUUCAUAUCUAUGAAGAAACACUUGCUCCCAACAGUCGAAGACUAGCCUCUUAUUGUGGAUUGAAGAGGUUUGUUUCGUUGGACCAUUCAUAUAUGCGUCUACGAACUCUCUUGUUUUUCAGUUUAGAAAAUAGAGACCUGGAAAUAGCACAUCUACAGCCCUUAUGCAGGAAUUUGAGAUUACUAAGAGUGCUAGAUAUUGGGUUCAAUAAACCAGAUCCAUCUGAAGAGACACUUGUGCGCAAGAAGAAAAGACUGCCUGAUGAAAUUGGGAAAUUGAUUCACUUGAGGUACCUAGGAAUACGUGGCACCAAUAUAAAUGUGCUCUCACAAUUCAUGGGUAACCUGCAUGCCUUGCAAACCCUCGAACUGAAUUACGAUGUUCCAAUUCAGUUACCUGAUGAGAUAUGCAAAGCAAAGCAGCUGAGACAUUUAAUUGGACGUUUCAAGUGGCCGUUUCGAGUGGACAAUUUGACAAAUCUUCGAACUCUCAGAACGGUUUUUGUCAAGGACCAGAUGGAAUUCGACCCAAUGAAUCUGAUCAAUCUUUGUGAGCUUCACGUAACAUAUGUCGUAGAAGGCAACAAUAGAAUCACACUAGAUUCUAUUGGUGGAUUAAGAAGACUCCAAUCCUUGCACAUAGAAGUUUCGAAAGUGGGCCCAGGUAGGAAUCCCGAGGUCGACUUGCACCCGCUCUCUCACUGCCGACUCCUCCUCCAAUUGAGGUUGCUCCUUGGGAUCAGAGGACGUUAUCCGAUAAAUUGGAAGCUGCCAACAGAGGUGCUACCAAAUCUCCAGUACCUCUUCAUAAAUGCAAGCGGUCUUACUGAAGAUCCUAUGCCAAUGUUGGAGAAGCUUCCAAAAUUGACAGUUCUCUGGUUGGGUAAUUAUUGUGAAAAUAAAUUUGUUUGCACCACUGGAGGAUUCCCUCAACUCCAGAUCCUACACCUUAUUAGUAAUUUCUUGGAAGAGAUCCAAGUGGAAGAAGGAGGAAUGCCAGUGCUCAAGGGUUUGUUUUUAGAUGGCAGUGAUGAGAUUUCAAUGCCAGAUAGACUACGCUCCAUCCCUGCCCCAGAACCCCCUUUGAAUUGGACUGAGUGGGGUUACUGAACAACGAUACUAAACCAUUGAGGCGACCCGGCAGGUGUAAGAGGGUGGAAUAAGUAUUGAAGCUUUGGAUCUUAAUGCAUGCUUGUCUUUUUAAUUUCAGGAAUAAUGUUUGUUUAAACAAGUGCGUGCUUAGUUUUUUUUUUUUUUUUUUUUUUUGUUUUUCAUUUUGCAAAUAAUGUAAUGUUUGUUUAAACAAGUACUGUGCUUAAUUACUUAUCAAAAAAAAAAAAAAGUACUGUGCUUAAUUUCUUUUA